AUGACCACCCUUCCUCAAGCUCUUUUCUUCGACGUCUUCGGGACGGUCGUCGAAUGGCGUGAGAGCGUAACCACUGCUUUGCAGACCUCAGGCAAGAAGGCUCUUGAAGAUCCGCAUCGAGAUCUCCCAGAUGAACUGCGGUCCCGGGUGUCGUCGUUCACCAAAGCGGACUGGCUCGCCAUUGCCGAAGAAUGGCGGAAGUCCUACGGCAAAUUCACGAGGUCCUUUGACGCAUCAAAGCCUUUUGUCAGUGUUGAUCAGCAUCACCAUACUGCGCUGCAGGAUAUCUUCAAAGAGCACGGUAUUCGAGAGCUGUUCACCGACGACGAGCUAAAGGAAUUGACUCUGGCAUGGCACCGGCUAAAUCCUUGGCCGGACAGCUCGCGCGGGCUUGAGGCGCUGAACAAUCAAUUUAUCACUUCAACGCUAUCCAAUGGGAAUGUGUCACUCUUGGAAGAUCUCCAAGAAUAUGGCAAUCUGCCAUUUACCCACUUGAUCAGCUCAGAGAACUUUGGAGCGUAUAAACCUUCGCCGCAGGUGUAUCUGGGCGCUGCCAAAUUACUGCAGCUCGAGCCUUCGCAGUGUGCACUCGUGGCGGCACAUCUGGCAGAUCUCGAAGCAGCGCGAAAAUGCGGGUUCCAGACCAUCUAUGUGGAGCGAGAGAAAGAGGAAGAGUGGACGAUGGAGAAAGCGGCCCAGGCAAAAGCAGAUGGGUCCGUAGAUAUGUGGGUGAACAGUGGCGAGGAGGGUCUGAUUGAGAUCGCUCGGCGCUUCGGUGUCUUUGAAUAA